ACUCCUACAUCUUUAGAAGGCCUGGUCAUCAGUAUUCACUUCCAUGUUGACCCCAUCGUUUCUUUUCCUGCCUUCCAACACUUUCAUGUUCCGCAUCUAACACCCAAAAUCUCUCCCGGGGCUCCCCCCUGCCUCUGGCAUACUAUCCCUCGCUUUCAUAAAUUACAUUAUAAUAAUCUCACACUCGCACAUCCCCCCCCCCCACUCUCUCUGCCCUUUUUUUACUCCCAACGAGAAUGGCGGAGCUCUUCUUCUACUUCCUCUGCUGCCGCUACUUCUUCCUUUGCUCCUUCCUCAACUGCGCUUUCGUCUUCCAGCUCUUCUACCCAUGUCACGGCUCUCAUUCUCAGCUUCUUCUCUUCUCCUCUCGUUUUGAAUCCCUUCGAUCUGUCUCACUUCUUACUGUACUCAGGAGAAGGUUAAUCUCUUGUUGAACUCAUGGAGCAGUAUGAAAUACUGGAGCAAAUUGGAAAAGGUGCUUUUGGUUCUGCUCUUCUUGUGAGGCAUAAGCAUGAGAAGAAGAAAUAUGUGCUGAAGAAGAUCCGCCUGGCCCGCCAAACUGAGCGGUCUCGUAGAUCUGCGCACCAGGAGAUGGAGCUAAUCUCUAAGUUCAGAAAUCCAUUUAUUGUGGAGUAUAAAGAUUCAUGGGUAGAGAAGGGUUGCUAUGUGUGCAUCAUUAUAGGUUACUGUGAGGGUGGAGAUAUGGCGGAAGCUAUAAAAAAAGCAAAUGGAAUUCUUUUUCCAGAGGAGAAACUUUGCAAGUGGCUUGUUCAGCUUCUUAUGGCACUUGACUACUUGCACAUGAACCAUAUUCUUCAUCGGGAUGUCAAGUGUUCGAAUAUAUUUUUGACGAAAGAUCAAGACAUACGCCUUGGUGAUUUUGGACUUGCCAAAAUGUUGACUUCAGAUGAUCUUGCUUCUUCUGUCGUGGGAACACCUAGCUACAUGUGCCCUGAGCUCCUUGCUGAUAUUCCUUAUGGUUCUAAAUCAGAUAUUUGGUCUUUGGGAUGUUGUAUAUAUGAAAUGACGGCACAUAAGCCUGCUUUUAAAGCAUUUCAGGAUAUACAAGCACUGAUAAACAAGAUUAACAAGUCCAUAGUGGCCCCACUGCCAACAAAGUAUUCUGGUGCAUUUCGUGGUCUUGUUAAAAGCAUGCUGCGGAAAAAUCCAGAGCUUAGACCUAGUGCCGCAGAGUUGCUUGGGCACCCUCAUCUUCAACCUUACAUUCUCAAGAUCCAUUUUAAAAUCAGUAACCCCAGACGAAGUACGCUCCCGGCCCAUUGGCCAGGCUCCAAAUACACGAAGAAAACUAGAUUUGUGGAGCCAGGAGAUGAUCCUACUUCCACCUGCAGGGAUAAGUGGAAUUCUUUUAAAAAUGACCGGACUUUGAAUCCUAGCAUAUCUGGAGCUGAGCAAGAUUCUGCAUGCUCUACCUUAGAAAUAGAUUGCACUCCGGAUCAUUUGAAUCACCCGCUAGCAGAACUGUGCGUUGGGGAUAGCCCUGGAGUGAACAAAAUCCGUAAGCCUGGUGUUUCCAGGAAUUCAAGCAUUUCCAGAACUCCAAGAUUGACAUCGUCAAAAACUUUUGCCAGCCCUAAGAAACAGAUGGAGUUUUCAAGGAAUCGUGAGCUGCAUCCUAUUUCACACAAUGCCAGAAAAUCGCUCCAUGCAACUCGCAGAGCAUCAUUUCCGUUACCAGAAAGAGGUGCUGUUCUUGGCCAUGCAAAAUCACCUCAUAUUUCAGUAAACUCUCCCCGAAUUGACAGGAUAGCUGAAUUCCCAUUAACAUCGUUUGAGGGUCCACUGUUUCCCGUUAAUAGAACUUCAUCAACCUCUGCACAGGGUUCGUCAGUCUCCCCGCCCUGUGGUGAUCGUUCAAUCAUGAAAGAUAAAUGCACUGUUGAGGUAUCUGAUAGAGCUGCUGUCAGGCCUAGUUUGACCGAUGCCUUGCAAAGAACCAAAUGCAGCGUGUAUGAGGAAAAUGAUGAGGUGAAAAGCGGCUCCUCUGAUCAAAAUGCAACUGCCGGUGCAUCAAGCCAUACCUCUUCAGACUGGCGCCGCAGGCAUUUUGACACUUCAUCAUAUCAACAAAGAGCUGAAGCCUUAGAAGGGUUGCUGGAAUUUAGUGCAAGGUUGCUACAGCAGGAAAGAUAUGAAGAACUUGGGGUCUUGUUGAAGCCGUUUGGACCUGGGAAGGUCUCUCCACGUGAAACUGCUAUAUGGUUGAGUAAAAGCUUCAAGGAAAACACUCAACCGUGAAGAAUCCCUUUGAAGUUUAAACUACUGUACUUGAGUUAUCAUUCUAACUCGUAACCACUUUGUAGAGUUUGAUAUAUAUAUUUUUUUAGCCUUUUCGUAGAAUGUCGGGAACUAGAUUGCUGCUGGUUUUGUAGAUUGUAAGGAUUCGGCAAACAUUUUUCCCCAGUUACCGAAUCAUGUUAUGCCAAGGACACAAUCUGAAAAUUGAGGAAGAAACAGACAUCUUCAUAAUAUAA